AUGUGGAGUCGAGCGUGGCAGCUGCUGGACCCUGGAUGCGGACCCCGUGCACACCUUGACACACAACUCAGGCCAACUCAGACCAGAGCAAAACCUGCAUCUCCGCCGCUCUCGAACCGGGCGCCAGAAGCCAUGUCCGGGCCCGGAGAAGCCUUCACUUUGCUCGAGAGUGGCACCUCUCGGAUGCACUUCAAGCUCGCUAAAGCCCUGGAAGAUGCAGCAUCACCUCUUGAAAGCGACUUCGCCAUUCAAGAUGCAUUGACUCACAUUCGCACCCGUCUGGCAUCCAAGUCAUCAGCACGGCACUUGUCAGAGCUCGUGCCACCGCUUCUCACUCUGCUUCACUGCCUCCACCACUAUCCGUUGGCAGGUCAGCAACAGGAGCCACUGGAUGUCAGCUUCGCUCUCAUCCCUACUUUGCAGCUGCUGAGUCUUGCUACAGACUGGAACGAUGUUCUUCUGGCGCACCAGCUUCUGCCUUUCCUGCUCGAGCGUCGCCCAUCUCCUCUGCCUAUCUCGUCGAGCUCUUCAGCGCAAAGUCGCUCCGCGCACAGAGACGAAGAUCAUUCCUCAUCCCUGCUGCUGCUCAACACGUUCAGGGCCAGUCUUGGCGCGGCCCUAGUUUCUGGUGAUAAUGAGGCUACUCCCUUCGAAUCAUCGUCGUCUGCCUCCUCGUCCCGUUCGCCGUCAAGGUCACGCUCUCCAUCAUGGACACGCCCUCCUAGUACGUCAGCAAAGGCCGCCUCAUCAAGACGCACCGAUCUCAGAGCCAUGGAAACGCUCAAAUCGCUCGCAAAUGGCAUACCGCAAGGCCCUGCUGUUCUGCCAUCGCUUGCUUCCACUCUGGUCGCCUUGACUCGACACCCAGACUCGACCAUCCGCUCGCUCACGCUCGACGCAAUGCUGUCGUGCGCUUCAUUCUCGAGUGGAAACCAAGAGACAGAUGCGGAUGGCGACAUGGAAGGACAGAAGGAGAUGCUAGAGGCAGCCCUCACAAUUGCACGCCUUGUCCUUGCAUCCACCUACGCUUUUUCCGCGGGCUCCGACAUUGACGAGCAGGACGGAGUGAUCCUCGCCGAGAUGGAGAGGCGCGUAGAUCCGAAUCCAGCCGUAUUGCGCUCUUGCCUCAGGAUCAUUGAACGCGCCCGGAUGGCAGGUCUGAUCUCGAGCAACGAGCUUGCUUGCCACAUCGUCGAGAUCCUUCAGGCGACUAGAUGGUUGCCGAUGCAUCUCGAGCUCAACUCGCUCCAGCAAAUCGACGUCCCGGUCCAGGUGAAGAACCGCACAGAAGGUCUCCGUGCGCGCGCAGCUACACGACAAAGAGGUCCGCUCCAGGAGCAGCACAACUACUAUGGCACGUAUGCGCCUUGGCUCACCGAAGCUUGCCUCGCUGCUCUCAGCAGAUGUGCAAAGGACCUUCUUGCUUCUUCCACGCCCAGACUCGAGCCAGCCGCUCAUGCAGAGCUCCUCAAGUCGGUUCUGCGCAUCUACAACUCUGCCUCCCAAGGCAAGGCGGCCGCGCUGGCCCUGUGUGUAGCCGCUGCGCGCUGCAUCGGCACAUUAUACAGCUCCUCCCAGGUUGGUUCGGAAGCUUCCGCCAGCUUACGCCUUUCGGCCCCAGGUGGUAUCCAAGAUGGCGAAACUGCAGCAUUGUGGUCUGCACUUACCCAACAUACGAGAAGUCAACUCGGUAGCACCAAUCCAAACCGAAAAGCUGCAGCUAUCAUGCUGCUGGACGCAUUGCUGCCGGUCGGAUGGGCUGAUCAAAACACUGCGGCUGCUACCGGCGAGGUAGGCGAAGGAUUACCAUCACCGCCGCCAGUGCAGUUGACCGAAGAGGACAUGGCGCAGCUCAUGGCCCUGAUAGCCGAUUCCGAUUCUUCGAUCCGCAAGCGGGCUCUGGGGCUGCUGCAUCGGGUCGAUGCCGGUCUAACCUCGCUCAUGCGAACACAGCUGCAAUCGGCUGUCGACACGGAGCUUCUCAACGACAAAGAGACUCUGGUCGACCGCAACGCUGUCUCAACCAAGGGUUUGACGUCCGUGGCUUUGAGACUCCUCGAGGUUGUCUCUUUCUCUGUACAGUCUGCGGACGGUGCUGCCCAAGCAGCUGCAGAAAGCGAGCUCGAAAGGGCCGUCAUCAGCAUCAUGCCGCUGAGACCUUUUGGAUCAUUCGACUCGAUUGAGUCCUCCAUGGAAACUGCUACGAGCUCGGGCUUCCUUUGGCAACUGCAGACUCUCCCGCUCGAUACGCGAUUGGCCCUGAUGCGGCGCCUUCUGGAAGAGGCUCGUUCGGCAGCCGCUUCUCCCGGUGCUCUGCAUCUUCUUUGCACUUUGCUUGCCGACGUUACAUCGAGCUACUUUCGAGCCAGAUUGGACGCUCCUGACAGCUUUCGCAAGUGGAUCGCAUCAGAGCUGCUCGGAUCACAUGGCAUCAUCAGCCUCUCGAUGCGGGCUUCCGGAGAGGCCAGAGCUCUGGCGGCAUCGCGCGAGGCUGCACUCGCCAUCACCGCUCGGACCGUUUCGUUGAUGCUGCACCUGGGAGACUCCGAAGAGGCAUCUCUAACACUCGCUACAUGCUUGGACGCACUGCAGCUCGUGCUUUCAAAGCUCAUCGAGACCGAGUCCAUCGCGGCCAUUCGGCUCGAAGCGAGCAAUCUGCAGCUGAUCUGCCGGACGAUCCUGCACCCGGCCGAAGCGGAACAUACAGGUCUGAUGGACAGGAUCAAGACGAUGGCCUCUGCUUGCCAGACUAUUGCAGAUUCGGCAAAGUGGCUAUUGACGCUCGAGGUCGACCAAACAUCCGCCAGUCAUCGGAACGAAGACCGCAUAGAGGAAUCCACAGGAUCAGCACUGCUCACCGCGGCAAGCAGGUUCUUCGCUCCCUCGUCGACGAGAGAUCGCAGGACGGCACGCUCUUGGACACAGUCUGCGAGCUCUGCCGAUAGCUUUGCUGCCGUUCGUCUGCGCGAGCAACUUCCAGAUUCGCUGCUGCAGUCCUCCGUCCUUCUCUCUCCGGACGACAGCACCGCAACACUGCGCUCGAGCGAUCGUCAUUCCCGUCACGGAAACAGCAAGUCCAGCAGGCAGACCCGCCAGGCUCUCUCUCGCUCCGCAAUCCCAUCCGAAGUCAAGCGCGCCCGGGACCGACGCAUUGCCGACGCCAUGUCAGAGUCGAUAGCCAACCUUGUCCUGGGCUCGGACGCGCAUCCCAGCUCGUCCGAGAACGAGAUCAUCUUCUCAGCGACCUCCUCGGGCGUUCUCGAGGGCGAAGAGCUCGAGCUUGUUGAAGAGGUAGCGGAUCCCGAGAGACGUCUCGACCUUGCAACGGAUGCAGGAAAGGAACCGUCCCUGCUUGAUCUGGUGCACCAGUGCCACAAUCACGACCCAUGGCUGGACACAAGCCUGACGCCGUUCAUUCUCGAUGGCGUGCAGAUCGGCUUUUUGCCCGCGAGGGUCGUCAAAGCCUGCAUGGACGAUUCGGCUCGCCAGCGAAAGGCCGGACUCCCUGCGGUCCUGCGCAAAGUGCGAUUCGCCAUGCACCAUCGCGAGAUCGUUCCACCUUCGGCAAAGUCUCGUGUCUGCGAAGCUGUCACCUUCACUGCAGAAUUCGCGACGGAGGAAGCACGCACCCGAGGCCUGAACGAGGUCGCUCAACGCUGGCGCAAAGAGCGCAUCUUCCCCGACCCUCUGGAUGGCUGGAGGGACGAGCUUUAUGCGAUCUACGGCCUCAAUCCGCGUCCUGGCACACGCAACCCGAUCGCUUUCAAGCUCGAGCGUGCCGCCUGUGCUUUGUUUGGCCUUGCGACGUUCGGAGUGCAUCUCACUGCGUACACGGUAGCGCCCGAAACCGGCGAGUUGCUGGUGUGGGUGCCGCAGCGAAGCAGCACCAAGUCGACAUGGCCUGGCUACCUGGACAACUCGGUGGCGGGCGGCAUUGUGGCGGGUGAUCUGCCGAUGGAGAGCGUGGUGCGCGAGUGCGAGGAGGAGGCGAACCUCGAGGCGACGCUGGUGGAGAAGCACAUCAAGCAGACGGGCGUGCUGAGCUACUGCUACAAGACGUCGGCGCAGGGCUGGAUUCAGCCGGAGGUCGAGUACGUGUACGACCUGCCACUGCCAUCAGACGUGGUGCUGCAGCCCAAGGACGGCGAGGUGGACCACUUUGAAUUGCUCACCCUCGACCAGAUCUACGAGAAGAUGCGCCAGGGCAGAUUCAAGGCUAACUGCGUGCUGGUGAUUCUCGACUUCCUCAUCCGCCACGGCUACAUCACGGCAGAUAAGGAACCAGGCUACCGCCAGAUUGUGGCGCAGCUUCAUGUAGAUUUGCGCCUCCCGGGGCCAUGA